AUUAAGUGUGAGUAAAAGGUGUCCACUUUUUUUAAGUUUUGAUUUCAGUUUUGUCUUGGAUAGUAUUUGGCAAGAUUUAGCCUAGAAAUUAUGUAGUAUUUAUUACGUGAGAUUCAAAUUGCUUUGUUACUGGGCUGGUUUCAAAAUUUAGAACUCAUUGCUAUGUAUCAAAAUUGUUUUUUGUUUUUGUUUUUUGUUUUUUUUUGAAAUUCUUAAAUGGUAAAUGUACCAUUGUGAGAUGAAACUGCAGCUCCAAAAGUUUACCCUUUUGCUAACUGGAGUAAAUAGAUAAUUACAGUCUUUAGUUGUAGCCAUCAAAUAAAGAAUUUUAAACUAGGCUGCGUAAGCAAGCCUUUUGCAGGGUCAAUAUUGAAUGUGAUGCCAGUGACACUGGUGUUUCUAUAAAAGAAGAAAAAGUCUUCCCUUAGAUAGAAGCUUUCUGUAUUUUGACAGUGCCAGUUCAGGAUGGCUAUAAUGCUGCUCUGCCUUCUGCAGCUUGCUGCACCACUCUGUAGUUACUCUAUAACUAUACGUCUCUAUCUUUUCUGGUUAAACACUCCCUGAAGAUG